ACAGCAUUGUUACUGAUGUUGCGGUUGGUGUUAAGAGGGGUUCUGACGAACUGCUGUCAGGAAGUGUUCUUAAUGGUCCAAGCUCUAACUUAAACAGCAUAGUUGUGACUGCCAAUGGUAAUGAUAACAAAAAGUUCAAAAGUGAUGAAAAAAUGGAGAGCACACCAUCCCGGGUGCUCCAUAUUCGAAAACUUCCUGGAGAAGUUACCGAAACCGAAGUUAUUGCUCUGGGAUUGCCAUUUGGGAAAGUGACAAACAUUCUGAUGCUGAAAGGAAAGAAUCAGGCGUUUUUGGAACUGGCUACUGAAGAAGCAGCUGCCACCAUGGUUAAUUAUUAUACAUCAAUGACACCACAUCUACGUAACCAACCGAUUUAUAUUCAGUACUCUAACCAUAAAGAGCUCAAGACAGACAGCGCACUCAACCAGCGCGCUCAAGCAGUGCUUCAGGCUGUAUCUGCAGUUCAGACUACCAAUUCCACUGUGGGUACUACUGUGGGAAGUGAGACCACAGUGUCCCUCAGCACAGAGUCCUGUCCUAAGAAUAAUUAUUGACAACAUGUACUACCCUGUCACCCUUGAUGUCCUUCACCAGAUAUUUUCAAAGUUUGGUACUGUUUUGAAGAUAAUCACUUUUACAAAAAACAAUCAGUUUCAAGCCCUUCUACAGUAUGGAGACCCAGCUAAUGCACAGCAAGCAAAACUGGCAUUAGAUGGUCAAAAUAUCUACAAUGCCUGCUGCACCCUUCGGAUUGACUUUUCAAAACUGGUAAACUUAAACGUAAAAUAUAAUAAUGACAAAAGUCGGGACUAUACCCGUCCAGACCUGCCAUCUGGAGAUGGACAGCCUGCAUUAGACCCAGCUAUUGCUGCAGCAUUCGCCAAGGAAACCUCACUUCUAGCUGUUCCUGGUGCAUUAAGUCCAUUGGGGAUACCAAAUGCUGCAGCUGCUGCGGCCGCUGCUGCUGCAAGCCGUGUUGGUAUCCACGGUGUUUCAACGAGUGCAAAUACUGUUCUUCUAGUUAGCAAUCUGAAUGAAGAGAUGGUUUCGCCCCAAAGUCUGUUUACCCUCUUCGGUGUUUAUGGAGAUGUGCAGCGCGUGAAGAUUCUGUACAAUAAGAAAGACGGUGCGCUUAUACAGAUGGCUGAUGGAAACCAAUCACAGCUGGCCAUGAGCCACCUCAAUGGCCAGAAAAUGUAUGGAAAAAUAAUCAGGGUUACAUUGUCUAAACAUCAAACAGUCCAGCUACCUCGGGAAGGGCUUGAUGAUCAAGGGCUAACAAAAGACUUUGCCAACUCCCCUCUGCAUCGUUUUAAGAAGCCUGGCUCUAAAAACUUUCAGAAUAUAUUCCCUCCUUCAGCAACCCUUCAUUUGUCUAACAUUCCGCAAACGAUUACUGAGGAAGAUUUGCGCACUCUGUUCACUAACACAGGAGGAACUGUCAAAGCAUUCAAAUUUUUUCAAGACCAUAAAAUGGCUCUUCUGCAGAUGUCUACAGUGGAAGAAGCUAUACAGGCAUUGAUUGAUCUCCACAACUACAAUAUUGGCGACAACCACCAUCUGAGAGUUUCUUUUUCCAAGUCAACAAUUUAA